UUUUCGAACAAUACUUGUUGAGAGAUACAUUUGAAAAAGUGAAUUGUAAAAACGUACGUCAAUAAAUAAUGUGGACCUCCAUUGUUCCUUUCCUCCUUGUUAUCUUCGCUGUUACAUUCUCCAAUGUAAACGCUUCAUCUCCAGAUGAAUUCAUGGGAGACAUGAAUGGUUACAGAAGUGCUUGUAAGAAACUUGGCUGGGAACCUAAGCAAGAUUGCACAGCAAACCACGUCAUUGCUUUUCAAGCGAAUAUAAAGUCUCAUCUAACAGAUGUUCCGGUAAAAACGACUAUCAAAUUCAACAACGUCCAAUUAAACAAAGGCGGUGGCUAUGAUCCUGAGACGGGAAUCUUCACCGCCCCAGAAAAAGGCGUCUACUCUUUUGCCUGGUCCUACCUGUCAAGACAGGGAGGGACCGUGUACACAGCUUUAUCUGUAGAUAAUGAAGACCGCGCCCUAUCGUGCAUAGAAAACCAGCAAAGCAAAUUUAUCAACUCAGCAGGCCAUUUGGUUUCUGAACUUGCCAAGGGUAGUAAAGUAUGGAUCAGGGUUUAGCACCUUCCUGCCACCUUCAUACAUGGCGGAUACUAUACUUACUUUUCCGGAAGUAAAAUAAACUCUUACUGAAAAGAUGUCAAAUUAUUUUCUCUAACAAUUAUUACUUAAUAAAGAGAUUGCGAAUGAUUGAGAACAUAACAAUGCAAGAAAUAUACGUCUUGUAUGACCCUUUGAAUAUGAUGCUUACUCCUCCAUGACAGUCGAUUUAACCUCUUUCUUUCAGGUUUCAAUGUUCUGUUCAUAUUGAUUUUGUGUUUCUAUGAAGACAAUUCUUUGACAUGCAUUUCAGAUGUAUUUUCUCUAAAACUUAUUUUUUUUACUUUGAACUCAACCAUGCUUUUAAUACUCAUCAAGAAAAAGCACAGCUUUUGAUGAGCAUGUUGAAAAUAAAUUUCUUUGACUUGUUGGUAUGGUUUGAUUUCGACAUAAAGGUAU